CUGCCACAAACUCCAGUCCUUUCAGAUACAUGGAAACACAAGUCCUGGGGUGAAACUCCAUGAAUUUGUGCCAUGUGCCAAAUUGUACUCUGCUUUCACUGAAGAAAGUAGCAUUGUGAAGAACCCAGAAGUCAAUUCAUGUGUUACACCAAAUGAUGUUGAGAACUGGGACAGAGGUCACCAUGAAGGACGUAUGUGUUCAACUGUACCAUAUGAAACAAGUAUUAAUUCUCCCUUCAGUGUUGAAGCCCUUGAGAAAUCUCACUGCGGAGAAAAAAUUCAUGGACUUAAACAGGAUGGAAAAUCCUUCACUAAUAAUAUAUUGGGUAAUCUUGAACACAGUCACAUUGAGGAGACAACCUCUGUAUGUAAGCAGUGUGGGAAAGCUUUCAGAACAAACAGCAGAAGUAAAGUACAUGAAAGCACAUGCUCUGGGGAGAAAUCCUAUGUAUGUAAACAAUAUGGGAACGAUAUCAGCAGAAGUGGUGUUUGUGAAAGGUAUGAAAUGACUCACAAGGGGAUAAAACCAUAUGCAUACGAACAGUGUCACCAGAGUUUCAGCAGUAAAUGUCAUUGGCGAAUUCGUGAACAGACUCACACAAGUAAUAAACCAUAUCCAUGUGAACUAUGUGGCAAAGCUUUCAGCAGUAAACAUAAUUGGCAACUACAUGAACGGAUUCACACUGGGGAGAAACCCUAUACAUGUAAGCAGUGUGGCAAAGCUUUUGGCAGAAAAUAUGACUGCCAAGUUCAUGAAUGGACUCACACUGAUGAGAAACCUUAUACAUGUAAGCAAUGUGGCAAAACUUUUAGCAGAAAAAGUCAUUGGCGGAUUCAUGAACAGAUUCACACUGGUAAUAAACCCUAUGCAUGUAAGCUAUGUGGCAAAGCUUUCAGCAGAAAAGAUCUUUGGCGAAAUCAUGAACAGACUCACAGUAGUAAUAAACCCUAUGUUUGUAAGCAAUGUGGCAAAGCUUUCAGCAGUAAACAUAAUUGGCAAAUACAUGAACGGACUCACACUGGGGAGAAACCCUAUAUAUGUAAGCAGUGUGGCAAAGCUUUCAGCAGAAAAUAUGUUUGGCAAGUUCAUGAAUGGACUCACACUCAUGAGAAACCCUAUACAUGUAAGCAGUGUGGCAAAGCUUUCAGCAGAAAAUACCAAAGGCGAGUUCAUGAAUUGACUCACACUGGUGCAAAACCCUAUACAUGUAAGCAGUGUAGCAAAGCUUUCAGCAGCAAAGCAGGUUGGCGAAUGCAUGAACAGAGUCACACUGGGGAGAAACCCUACGUAUGUGUGCAAUGUGGGAAAGCUCUAAGGAGCAAGCAAGGUUGGAAAAUGCAUUAUAGCAAUCACUCAAGGAAACCGUAUGCAUGUAAGCAGUGUGGGAAAGCCUUCAGCACUUCCGAUGCCUGUCAGCAGCACGAACUUACUCACACUGGAAAGAAACCCUACAUAUGCAAGCAAUGUGGAAAAGCUUUCUUCACGCCUUCAGCUUGUCAGAGGCAUGAAGGUAUUCAUGCCGAGGAGAAGCCCUAUGUGUGUAAGCAGUGUGGGAAAGCUUUCACAAGACAGAGUGGUUAUCAAAUACACGUAAGAAUUCACAGUGGGGAGAAACCGUAUGCAUGUAAGCAAUGUGGGAAGGCCUUCAGAUCACAGAGUGCGUGUACAAUGCAUGAAAGAACUCACAGUGGAGAGAAACCCUAUGAAUGUAAGCAUUGUGGCAAAGCUUUUCUCGUACGUGGUCAUUGUCAAAGGCAUGAACGGAUUCACACUGGGGAGAAACCCUAUGCAUGUAAGGAGUGCGGCAGAAGUUUCAGUAAUCGCCAGGCUUGUCAAAUCCAUGAACGAAGACAUACUGGGGAGAAACCUUAUGCAUGUAAGCAGUGUGGCAAAUGUUUCGCUUCUCGCCAGGCUUGUCAGAGCCAUGAACAGAGACACACUGGUGAAAAACCCUUUACAUGUAAGGUAUGUGGCAAAGGUUUCAGCAAACGUCAUUCCUGUCAAAGGCACGAAAAGACACACUCUGAGGAAAAACCCUAUGCAUGUACACACUGCAACAAAACUUUCAUUGAACGUUAUGCUUGUCAAAGGCAUGAACAGACACACUAGAGCAGAAAGUCUGUACAUAACCAUUGUGUAAAGCCUUUGACACCCUCAGACAUUGUAAAAGACAUGUAUGAACUCACCCUGGGGAGAAACCAUUUUGAGGUAAACUGUGGAAAAGCUUUCACCCCGUGUCUUUUCUCAAUUGCAUG